AGCUUGUACCUGUCUGUCUUCACUCAAGAAGCAAAGGCAUAUUUCAUGGGUAAUGCUGUGGUAUCCUUUCUUGUGGAGAGGUUGGGUAACCUCCUGAUCGAGGAAACCACACUCUUAUGGGGUGUACGGGAUCAGUGUUCAGAAUUGGGUUUCAGAGAUAAGAGAUGCUGCUUAUGACAUUGAGGAUGGCAUUGACAUUUUUGUGCUUAAAUUUGCACCUCGAAAUGGAAGAAGAAUCCAUAAUCCCAUCACCAAAGGGAUAGCAAUUCACAACCUUGCUUCAAAAAUUGACAAGAUUAAAUCUCAAAUAAUUGAUCUCAUCAGAAGCUUACAAACUUAUGGAAUAACUACAAGAAAAGAAGAAGGAACUAGCUUCGCAUUUGAGAGGCAGAGGCAGCUCAGGUGGUCUUAUUCCCAUGUCGUUGAAGAGCAUAUUGUGGGUUUGAUGAAGAUAUAAGGCAACUGAUAACACAGCUGGUGAAUGAAGAGAAAUGCAGAGUUGUGUCUAUCAGUGGUAUAGGUGGUCUGGGAAAGACUACCACGGCAAAGGCUGUUUACCAUCAUGGUGAUAUAAGGAGACAUUUUGAAGGGUUUGCUUGGGCAUAUGUGUUUCAGCAGUGCAAAAGAAGAGACGUUUGGGAGGGGAUUUUGCUGAAACUUAUCACUCCAUCCAGGGAGGAGAGGGAGGAAAUUUUAAGAAUGAGAGAUGAUGAUUUGGCAAAGAAGCUUUCUAAAGUUCAGAAAGAAAAGAAGUGUUUGGUUGUGAUCGAUGAUAUUUGGAGCACUGAGGCAUGGUCUACUCUUAGUGCUGCUUUUCCAAAUGAAACUACUUCUGGUAGCAAAGUACUGCUUACAACACACCACAAAAAAGUAGCUUUGAUUGCUGACCGAGAGGGAUUUGUUUAUGAACCAAACUGUUUGAAUGAAGAAAAUAGUUGGGAGUUAUUCCAAAGGAAGGCAUUUCCAAGUAGAGGCGAUAUUCAGCUCAAAAUCAAUGAAGAUAAGGAGAACCGAGGGAGGGAAAGGGUGGAAGCCGGGCCAACCCAUGAACAAGCAAGAUUAUCUGAGGUAUUGGCUUUAAGUUACCAUGAACUGCCUUACCAAUUGAAACCGUGCUUCCGCUAUUUGAGUCAAUUACCUGAAGAUUUUGAUAUACCAACUAAAAAGUUAGUUCAGCAGUGGGUGGCAGAAGGCUUUGUGUUCUCACAGGACGAGAUAGAGGGAGAUGAAACAAUGGAGGAUGUUGCAGAAGGCUACCUACAUAGUUUGAUCAACAGGUGUAUGGUUCAAGUGGGAGUGAGGGGUUCAACUGGAACAAUUAAAACUUGUCGCCUUCAUGACCUUACGCAUGAUCUUUGCUUGUCGAAGGCAAGACAAGAAAGUUUCAAUGACAUAAUUGACCACUGGUGUGGGAAUGAGACCCUUGGUGCACUUCCAUCAUCCAUUGGAACAAGAUCAAUUAGAAAGAGUCGCAGGCUUUUGAUUCUUUUGAGGGAAGAUGUUGAUGAUCUUAUUCCACUGCAAUACAAGAAAAAUCAUAACCUGAGGUCCCUCUUCUUCUUCCGUUCAAAAAAACACAGAUUAGAUAUUGCACACAUAAUGAAUUCUGUAGUUUUCAAGUUCAGAUUGCUUAAAGUCUUGGAUCUUGAAGGAAUUAAAGGACCUGAGGUGAAGUUGCCAGCAGAUAUAGGAACUCCGACACAGCUGAGGUUCUUAAGUAUAAAGAAAACUCUUAUAAGAGAGUUGCCAUCAUCUUUGGUCAAUCUGGUGUUCUUGGAAACCCUGAAUUUGCAAACCAUAAAUAAGUUUUCUUGGGAAUCAAGUGUACAAUUGCCAGAUGUAUUAUGGAAGAUGGUGUGGUUGAGACAUCUAUAUCUUCCAAAGUGGUGGUGAUGUAACUGAUAAGUUGCAGCUGGCAAGUCUAAC